AUGACCAUCCUUAUAUUUCCAUUUACAGAAGAUAUCAGAAGAUAUAUUGAUGACAUCCUGUUAAUAUGGAAGGGUGAAGAAGAAGCUUUACAAAAUUGGGUCGAACAACUUAAUGCAUUACCCACACCUUUUUCAAAGAUGUCUCACAGUUCAGCUCAAGGCAGUAUUGGCAGCCACUCAUCACUUGGUGUGCAAAACUACAAGUUGAUCUGCUAUGAGUAUGAGAACUUCCAAGGCCGGCGGGUAGAGUUUGGUUCUGAAUGCCGUAACCUGUGUGAUCGUGGCUUUGAACAUGUAAAGUCUAUUCGAGUAGAAUGUGGACCCUGGGUAGCCUAUGAGCAGAAAGAUUUCUGUGGUGAGAUGUUUGUUUUAGAGAAAGGAGAAUACCCUCGCUGGGAUUCCUGGUCUAACUGCUUCCGGACUGACAGAAUAAUGUCUCUACGCCCAGUCCGAAUGGACACACAAGAUUACAAAAUCUGCCUUUAUGAAUGUGCGAACUUUGAAGGUAGAAAGAUGGAAGUUUGUGAUGAAGACAUACCCAGCUUGUGGUCCUAUGGCUUCCAGGAUAGGGUGGCAAGUGUCCAAGUACUUGGUGGAACAUGGGUUGGGUACCAGUAUCCAGGAUACAGAGGAUAUCAGUAUCUCAUGGAGUUUGGGCCAUACAAACACUGGAACAAUUGGGGAGGCAGCCAACCCCAGAUUCAGUCCAUACGCCGAGUGAAGGAUAUGCAGUGGUAUAAAAGAGGAAACUUUGAGGUUGUAAACUAGAAUGGCACAGAGGAUAAGACACAGAA